UCAUUUUCCUGUGGCUCCUAUCAGGUUGUCAGUACAAGUGACAUUUUGUCCUUUUAAGUGGAAUAGCAGGUGAAACAGGGCCGGAUCAACUUCAUCUGCAAGAGCUCACACCAGAAGAAACAGGGCCGGAUCAACUUCACUUUUCUUUUCCUUCAGCAAUGUUUGUCCCAAUUGUUAUUGCAUUGGCGGUGGGUUUUCUGGGAUGGGCUUAUCAGUCGCUAAAGCCUCCCCCUCCGAAAAUAUGUGGAACUCCAGGUGGUCCUCCGGUCACUUCUCCAAGAGUCAAACUCAGUGAUGGAAGGCAUUUGGCCUAUAGAGAAGCAGGAGUUCCCAAGGGAGAUGCCAAGCAUAAAGUCAUUGUCAUUCAUGGCUUUGACGGCUCCAAAGAUAAGAAUCUUCCCGUCUCUCAAGAAUUUAUAGAGGAAGUACAAAUAUAUUUUCUGUACUUCGACAGAGCCGGUUAUGGAGAGAGUGAUCCUUAUCCCUCACGCUCGGUGAAGAGCGAAGCAUUUGAUAUUCAAGAACUGGCAGACCAAUUGCAGCUUGGUGAUAGAUUUCAUGUGCUUGGAAUGUCGAUGGGAGGCUAUCCAGUUUAUGGUUGCCUCAAAUACAUACCACACAGGUUGGCAGGAGCUUCCUUGGUAGUUCCAUUUGUGCACUAUUGGUGGUCCUCCCUCCCUGCCAGUCUAUCAAGACAGGCCUUCAAGAAGCUUCUUGUUCAGGACCAAUGGUCGUUCAGAAUCGCACACCAUGCUCCCUGGUUAUUCUACUGGUGGAUGACGCAAAAGUGGUUCCCUUCACUGAGUAUAAAAGCAGGAAACAUGGCAAUCUUCAGUCCUCGAGAUUUAGAGAUUAUCAAAAAAAUGUCUGAAACUCCAAGUGUUGGUCAGGAAAAGAAUAAACAACAAGGCGAUCAUGAAUGUCUACAUCGAGACAUAAUUGCUGGCUAUGCUAAAUGGGAAUUUGAUCCACUGGACUUGGACAAUCCUUUUCCUGACAAUGAGGGCUCAGUCCACAUAUGGCAAGGCUGCGAAGACCGGAUCAUUCCUUCUGAAAUAAAUCGAUACAUCUCAGAGAAGCUCCCUUGGAUUCAUUAUCAUGAAGUUCCUGAUAAGGGGCAUAUGCUUAUAUUUGAGAGAGAUCCAUGUGAAGAAAUCUUGAGAGAACUUUUGUCAAAGUAAACUGCCUGGUUUGUACUGAAUAAACCUUUUGUAAUGGCUCCCUUAUAUAUGUGUUAUAAACCAUUCUGGCAUA